UGCGUCACAACCGAGGAAGAGUGUGGGGGAUUAUGCAGGGAGGCGCACUAGCACACGCAUACAAGCCCACUUUAUAGCCGCCGUACGGAGCUGCUAGCUAACUUAGUAGCACACACACACUUUAUAUCCGCCUUACGGACGUGCUAGCUGGUAGCCUCGCACAGUUAGCCGCACGCCUCCGAGCCGCAGCGUGUUUGACAGCUACGUCCUCAACUUACCCUCUUUGCGCAUAUAAAUACACACACACACAAACUCCCUGAGCGCCCUCUUCUUCUUCUUCUUCUUCUCUCCCCCCUCCUCCUCCUGCAAGCCAGCGUGGACCAACCCAAACAAACAUUCUUCAGCAGUCGACCGGUAACACUCGGUGUCCAGUUACCUGACAGCGGCUCUGCACAACAUGAUGUUCAAGUACGCUGCGGUUCGAGGCGGCCUCAGCCUGCUGGCGGUGAGGAGGGCUUGCCUUCUGUCCCGCACUGCCUAUUUGACAACGCAGAGCGAGUAUCGACCAAUCAAGAAAGUGAUGGUGGCGAACAGAGGUGAGAUUGCGAUCCGUGUGUUCAGAGCGUGCACUGAGCUCGGGAUUCGAACAGUGGCGGUGUACUCAGAGCAGGACACUGGACAGAUGCACAGACAAAAAGCAGACGAGGCAUACCUCAUUGGGAAAGGUUUGCCGCCUGUAGCCGCCUACCUGGAUAUCCCAGACAUCAUCAAAGUAGCCAAGGACAACGACGUGGAUGCCAUCCACCCGGGCUAUGGCUUCUUGUCAGAGCGUUCAGACUUUGCCCAAGCCUGUGCGGACGCCGGGGUGAUGUUUGUUGGACCAACCCCAGAAACGGUCCGCAAGAUGGGUGACAAAGUGGAAGCUCGCUCCCUUGCCAUCAGCGCUGGUGUACCCGUGGUCCCGGGAACAAACUCCCCCAUUUCUUGCCUGCAGGAGGCCCAGGCCUUUUCCCAGACUUAUGGCUUCCCUAUCAUCUUUAAAGCCGCCUACGGAGGCGGCGGCCGAGGCAUGAGGGUCGUUCGAGAGUACGAGGAGCUUGAGGAGAACUACCAGAGGGCCUACUCUGAGGCCCUGACGGCUUUUGGCAACGGCGCUCUGUUCGUUGAGAAGUUCAUUGAAAAACCAAGACACAUUGAAGUGCAGAUCCUUGGGGACAAGUAUGGUAAUGUCAUCCACCUCUAUGAGAGAGACUGCUCCAUUCAGCGGCGGCACCAAAAGGUGGUCGAGAUCGCGCCAGCUUUCCAACUAGACCCUCACCUGAGAGACCGACUCCACUCGGACGCUGUCAACCUGGCCAGAAUGGUGGGCUACGAGAAUGCAGGGACUGUGGAAUUCCUGGUGGACAAACACGGCAAACACUACUUCAUCGAAGUCAACUCCCGACUCCAGGUGGAGCACACGGUGACGGAAGAAAUCACUGACGUGGACCUGGUGCAUGCCCAGCUGCAUGUGUGCGCCGGCCGCAGCCUCCCAGACCUCGGCCUCAGACAGGAUAAGAUCCGCGUCAACGGCUGCGCCAUCCAGUGCAGGGUCACCACCGAAGACCCGGCCAGGGGCUUCCAGCCUGACACGGGCAGGAUUGAGGUCUUCCGAAGUGGCGAAGGCAUGGGCAUCCGUCUGGACAGCGCCUCGGCCUUCCAGGGCGCCGUCAUCUCUCCGCACUACGACUCUCUGCUGGUCAAAGUCAUCGCCAGCGGCAAAGACCUGCCCAUUGCCGCCUCCAAGAUGAGCCGAGCCCUGGCCGAGUUCAGAGUGAGGGGGGUCAAGACCAACAUCCCCUUCCUCCAGAAUGUAUUCUCCAACCAUCAGUUUCUCCACUCCACCGUGGACACGCAGUUCAUCGACGAGAACCAGGAACUGUUCAACCUCAAGCCUACGCAGAACCGAGCCCAGAAGCUGCUGCACUAUCUCGGUCAUGUGAUGGUAAACGGACCAACCACGCCCAUCCCAGUGAAGGCCAAACCGUCCUCUAUUGACCCUGUCAUCCCCUCCGUCACCAUGGGAGAUCCUCCGGUGGGAUUCCGUGACAUCCUGCUGCGUGAUGGUCCCGAGGGCUUGGCCAAGGCCGUGCGCGCUCACCAAGGCCUCCUGCUGAUGGACACCACCUUCAGAGAUGCCCACCAGUCCCUCCUGGCCACCAGGGUGCGCACCCACGACUUGAAGCAAAUAUCGCCCUUUGUCAGCCACAACCUCAGCAACCUGUUCAGCCUGGAGAACUGGGGAGGUGCUACCUUCGACGUGGCCAUGAGGUUCCUGUCCGAGUGUCCGUGGAAGCGACUGCAGGAGCUGAGGGCUUUGAUCCCAAACGUUCCGUUCCAGAUGCUGCUGAGAGGGGCCAACGCCGUGGGCUACACCAACUACCCUGACAAUGCAGUCUUUAAGUUCUGCGAGGUAGCGAAAGAAAACGGCAUGGACAUCUUCCGCGUGUUCGAUUCCCUCAACUACCUGCCCAACAUGCUGCUCGGCAUGGAGGCCGCCGGAUCAGCAGGGGGCGUCGUGGAGGCCGCCAUCUCGUACACGGGAGACGUGUCCGACCCAAUGAGGCAGAAGUACUCGUUGGAUUACUACCUGGAGCUGGCAGAAGAGCUGGUCAAAGCUGGAACUCACAUCCUUUGUAUCAAGGACAUGGCCGGCCUGCUCAAGCCUCAGGCCAGCAAGAUCCUGGUGGGGGCUCUGAGGGAUCGCUUCCCGGACAUGCCCAUCCAUGUGCACACGCACGACACCGCCGGCGCCGGGGUGGCCGCCAUGCUGGCGUGCGCCGAGUCCGGGGCAGACGUGGUGGAUGUGGCGGUUGACUCGAUGGCAGGCAUGACGUCCCAACCCAGCAUGGGAGCAAUGGUCGCCUGCACCAAAGGGACCAAGUUGGACUCUGGUAUCGCUCUGGAGAAGGUGUUCGACUACAGCGAGUACUGGGAAGUGGCCCGAGGCCUCUACGCUCCGUUUGACUGCACGGCCACCAUGAAAUCCGGCAACGCCGACGUCUACGAGAACGAGAUACCCGGAGGACAGUACACCAACCUCCACUUCCAGGCACACAGCAUGGGCCUGGGGAAUAAGUUCAAGGAGGUGAAGAAGGCCUACACUGAAGCCAACAAGCUACUAGGAGACCUCAUUAAGGUGACACCCUCCUCCAAGAUCGUGGGGGACUUGGCCCAGUUCAUGGUCCAGAACGACCUGAGCCGGGCCGAGGUGGAGGAGAGGGCCGACGAGCUGUCCUUCCCGCUGUCGGUUGUGGAGUUCCUGCAGGGCUAUAUCGGGAUACCACAUGGAGGAUUCCCAGAACCUUUCAGAUCCAAGGUGCUGAAGAGCCUCCCUCGCAUUGAUGGCCGCCCGGGUGCCUCGCUGCCGCCGAUGGACUUUGAGUCUUUGGAGGAGGAGCUGCGGGCGGCGCACGGCGAAGAAAUCACCCCCGAGGACGUGAUGUCGGCUGCCAUGUACCCGAAAGUGUUCCAGGAAUUCAAAGAGUUCACCUCUAACUUUGGCCCAGUGGACUGUCUCAACACCAGACUCUUCCUGGAUGGACCAAAGAUUGCCGAGGAGUUUGAGGUGGAGCUGGAGAGAGGGAAGAUCCUGCACAUCAAGGCACUGGCUCUGGGCGACCUGAACAAGGCUGGUCAACGGGAAGUCUUCUUUGAGCUGAACGGACAGCUGAGAUCCGUGUUGGUCAAGGACACGCUCGCCAUGAAGGAGAUGAAGUUCCAUCCUAAGGCCCAGAAGUCCAUCAAAGGUCAGGUGGGCGCACCCAUGCCCGGAAAGGUCCUGGAGGUCAAAGUGGAGGUCGGAUCCAAGGUGGAAAAGGGUCAGCCCCUGUGUGUCCUCUCCGCCAUGAAGAUGGAGAUGGUGGUCAACUCCCCGAUGUCCGGCACGGUCAAGGCGGUGCACGUCGCUAUCGACUCCUCGCUGGAGGGAGACGACCUGAUCUUGGAGAUCGAGGAGUAGCGGAGGACGCAGAGGGAGGGGGGGGGCAAGUGGUUGUGGAGCCUGAGAAGGUGGAGGCGCCUUUACUUUAGAUAUGCGACUCUCAAACACGGCUGUGUUAGAGUAGUCAGUGUGAAAUCAUUAUUAUUAGCUCAUUCUAAUGAUCCCAGCUAGACUGUAUACAUUCCAUCAAUAGUCUUAAAACACUAACUUGCAAUAAUGGUACGACUUCAUGCUAUAAACGUAGCACUUUUAUAUCAAAUAUUCCCUUUUUUCUCAAACCAUUUGUGAUCCGUUAUGCAAGUCGUAGUGCAUUCUGGGAACGUGUCAUCCAUUGGGAAGGUCAGGACGAUUUCUUUGGCGCGUAGGAUAAAGCACAACAGGUCAUCUCGCGCACAACGUUUGGGUGAAGCACAAAGCGCUACAAUGGGAGCCAGGAGGAAACGUGUUGCUGCAUCACUAACUGCAGCGAGGGGAAACACGCCGGGUCAGCGCCUGUGAGCCGCACGUGCUUCUAAGGCAGGGGUCGGCAACCCAAAAUGUUGAAAGAGCCAUAUUGGGCCAAAAAUACAAAAACAAAUCUGUCUGGAGCCGCAAAAAAUUAAAAGCCAUAUUACAUACAGAUAGUGUGUCAUGAGAUAUAAAUUGAAUUAAGAUGACUUAAAGGAAACUAAAUGACCUCAAAUAUAGCUACAAAUGAGGCAUAAUGCUGCAAUAUAUACAUAUAGCUAGCCUAAAUAGCAUGUUAGCAUCGAUUAGCUUGCAGUCACGCAGUGACCAAAUAUGUCUGACUAGCACUCCACACAAGUCAAUAACAUCAACAAAACUCACCUUUGUGCCUUCACGCACAACGUUAAAAGUUUGGUGGACAGAGUGAGACAGAAAAAGAAGUGGCAUAAAACACGUCCUAGAAAGUCAUACUUGUAAACAAACUGCGGUGAGUUCAAGGACCGCCAAAAUUAGUAGGACAAAACGGCGCUCGCCAAAUACUCGAAUCAGUGAAGCAUGUUUAAUAUAAACAGUGUGCUUUAUAACAAUUAGGGAGGUUUGCGUCAUGUUUGUCCUCCUACGGAAACCAUAU